UCCAACUGGAGUUUCCAAGACAGCUGGGAGCCGUGUGAUACCUUCUCGCGUAUUGCUUUCUAAAAGAAUACGUAGGGACUGUCCUUAUUUCAACAUCCGCAAACAAACUUUUGGCGGUAUGGGAGACAAGAAGAGUCCAACCAGGCCGAAGCGUCAACCAAAGCCAUCGGCGGACGAGGGAAAUUGGGACUGUAGCGUUUGCACAUACAAGAACACCGCGGAGGCUUUCAAGUGCAUGAUGUGCGAUGUAAGGAAAGGGACGUCAACACGGAAGCCUCGUCCUGUCUCCCAGCUGGUUGCUCAGCAGGUAGCGCCACAGUUCGCCUCGCCCACGCUGCUGCCCAAGAAGGACAGGAAGGACAGAGCGGAGAGGAAUGACAAAGAGCCCACAGUGAAGAAGAACAGCCACAAGAAGAUGAGGCCCAGAUUAAAAAACAUUGACAGGAGUAGCGCUCAGCACUUAGAGGUCACGGUUGGAGACCUGACUGUCAUCAUCACAGACUUUAAGGAGAAAACCAAACCUCCCCCCUCCUCCUCCUCCUCCACCACCACCACACCUCCCUCCUCCACCACCCCCUCCAGCACUGUGUCUGUGUCUGCAGAACACCACAGUGGCUCCAGCUCAGACAACAACGCUGAGAGAGGGGUCUCACGGUCAUCUUCACCCCGAGGAGAGGACUUCUUAGUCGGGACAGAGUCCCACUAGACCACCCCCCUUGGAACCCCAGAAUCUCCACCCCUUGACCUCCAAGUUGGAGGCCCUGGACCCCCAAACUCCUAGCCCAACAUCUGGAACGCCAGACCCUCAGACCCGCAACCCCUAGACCUUGGCCUGGACCCCAACCCCUAGACCUUGGCCUGGACCCCCAACCCCUAGACCUUGGCCUGGACCCCCAACCCCUAGACCUUGGCCUGGGCCCCCAACCCCUAGACCUUGGCCUGGACCCCCAACCCCU